UCUCUCUCUCUCUGUCCUCUCUAAAACUCUCAAAAAUUUGCAUUGGGCAGAUGAAAAAUAUCUCCGUCGUCUUCUUCCCUAUCGCUUGGAUAUAUCUCUAUCAAUCAUCCACUUACUCACUCUUCCUCUUCUUCUGUUUCAUGCAAGAUUCAAAGACCUCACCUGCAAGAAAACCUUGGUACCAGAGAACAAUGGCGAUCGCGAGAUUCGCGACGAAUUGGAGAACAAUCCCGAAAUCUCCGCCGGAAAUCCGUCCGUCGCGAAACCCUAGCACCGUCAACAAAUCGAAUUAUCAACAGCUGAGGAAAUGCACGUCGCUGAAGGUGGCCGCGAAUUCGUUCACUAGGGUUUGUCUCUGUGCUCCGAUCGGUCCAUACGACGACGUUUUCCGAAAUUACGUCCCGCCGAGAAGAAGCUCAAGCUAUCCUCCGUCGAAGCCUCUUCCGGUGGUGACGGAGACGGCGAGGAUUAGCGUUGAUUCGGGGAGGAGGAUUUUUAGAGGGAAAUCGUUGAAGGAGAACGCGUUGAUGAGGAGAUUCGUGGCGGCGGAAGAAGAAGCGAUGAUGGAGACAAGAAGGAGAGAUCAGAUGGAGAUUGUGAGGAAGAGAAAUCAGAUGAGGAAGAAGAAGAAGCUUGGACCUAGUCCUCUUAGUCGCAUGGUUAUUGCUGAAGAUCAACAAGUUUUUCAUCAAUGAAACUUAAAUCAAAACAGAGGAAAAAAACAGAGCAUUGUUUUUUGUUUUUUGUAAUUGAGUUUUUUUGUUUGACUCAGAGAUAAUUAAUUAACCAGAACCCUUGUUUUAUUUAGUU